UGGUGCAAAAUGCGGAAGAAUCUGGAGCCACAGUUGUUGAGGUGUUGCAAUGAUGAACGAAAUGUGAAAUGUCCCAAGACUCAUAAAGAUAUUCAGAGGUUCCUUAAGGGUCCAGCACUGUGUCUUUACAAUGAUGGAACUUUUACUGAGGAUGACUGGACUGGUAUACGUAAACUUAGCGACAGCAUUAAGAAAAAUGAUCCUUUAAAAGUUGGGCAGUUUGGAUUAGGAUUCAAAUCAGUCUUUCACAUUACUGAUUUUGUAACAAUCAUCAGUGGUAACAAGGUGCUCUUUAUGGACCCAAGUGAACCAGAAAAUAAAAUGUGCCGCAUAAUUUCUCUCAAGAAAUUAACAAGCAUUUGCCCUCUUGAUGACUGUCUACGCUUAUGGAGUUGCUACAUCAGCACUCAGAACAUCACUGAUGGACAGUUUCCUGCUACACUCUUCUGGUUUCCACUCAGACAGAGCCCAUCAGAUAUCUCAAACACUAUUUAUACAUAUAAUCAUGUAAUAACAUUGUUUGAAUCAUUUAGCAUUGAAGCUUCUUUGUGUUUAACGUUUUUAAAAUCCAUCGAGAAAAUAUGUCUGAAGAGGAUCAAUAAGUGGAAUAAGAGUCCAGUAACAACCCAUGAAGUUAAAUUAAUUAGUCCAAUUAUGACUGAAGUUCAACAAAAGAGAAAAGUUUUUAAACAAAAGCUGGUAGAAUGCAAAGGGUGUCCAUCGCAAACAAUAACUUGUGAUUAUGAGGUGACUGUUGAGAGUGUGAGGUGCAAUCAGACAAAGCAGCAGAUGAUGCACAUCCUUCAUUACUUGCCAGGCUCAAGUGAUCCCAGUACAGUAACAUGGAGAGGAGAAGACAGUUGUAAACACAUGCCUCUAGUUGGAAUAGCUGCACCUGUUACAGCACACAGUGUAGCUUCACCCACUGCAACACACAGUGAUGAGACAUCCAUUACAACAGGCAGAACCACAUUAAAUACUGGGCAUAUAUUCUGUUUUCUACCAUUACCUUUAGAAACUGACAACAAGACGAAUCUUCCUGUUCAAAUCAAUGGUUUCUUUGCACUUGAUCAAAAUAGAAGACAUGUUAAGUGGAAAACUGAAGAGAAUAGCAUUGAACCUGAUGUAUUAUGGAAUGAAGAUCUGGUAUCCAGAGCUGUUGUUGAAGCAUACUUUACCUUCUUACAAAAUGUUCUUAGUGAUUUAAAAGAAAAGUCGUCACCUCAUCACCUGGAAACUUGGUAUGGUCUUCUUCCACACAUAGACUCUACAAAAGGAAGGUGGAAGAAGCUUGGUGUUGAACUGUGGUCAAGGUUAAAAUCCAUGCCUAUUUUAUACUCUGAUGUUAAAGAUUGCAUGAUGACACCAGAGGAUGUUCUAACAGAAGAGUCUCUAAAUGACUGGCCACAACAAGUGUCUAAUACUGUUAGAAGUUUCCUUAGAGAACAUGGAUUCCCUGUUGCUUCAGUGCCUGAACCUCUCCUCAGUUCUCUCCAUUAUCUUGGUAAGUUUAGUUAUAUGUGCAACAUUUUUUUCUAAUACUUUCACUCGAUAAAAUACUUAGAUAAAACACUGUUCUCAUUCAAUGUAUACCUCAGAGUUGUAGAGAUAAUGCUCACAUACAUCUCUGCAUAAUUCAUAGAACCCUCAAGUUUGCUGUGAUUGGCAAAUUUUGGUUGACAAGACAGAAUGGGUUUGUACAGUGAUCAUGAGCAGUAUGAAGAAAAUCCUGUCAAUGCUGUGUAUGAUGAAAAUAACUAACGUCUGACCUUGUAUUUUGAUUAAAAGAGGGACUUCUGGGCAUUGUCUACGGUUUUUUUUCUUAAUUUUAUUGGCUGUUUCUUGGUAUUAGUAGGUAGAUCAGAAGACAUACUAGUGGAAAUAAAGAAUAUUGUGGUUAGUUUCAGAUGAAAGUGGCCUGAAAUGGACCUCAAAAUGGCAGAAAUUGAUCACCCAUUUAUUACUGAGUGGCUUGUAUACGGGGUUUCAGUGCAUAAUUUUUGUAUGCCCCUUACCAAGAUGCGGUUCCAUGAUUUUCUUCUGGAACUAAUUCUAUGGCAAACGUGAUAUGUGUGCAAGGGAUGGGGUUCAUCUCUCUGGGGCUGGAGUGGUUGCAUUAGCCACAUCGAUUGAGAGGGCCAUUGAUGACUUGUCUAGGACUUUAAACUGAUAGAUUAUAGAGGAUACCUCUGAGAUAUGUUUAAAAGACAAUAUUCAAAAUAAAAUUCCUAAUAAAGGCAAAGGAACUGAUCAACAAACAAAGAGAGAUAGUAGAGGGCAACGAGUGACUAGCUCCCUUAAGGUUUACUAUACAAAUAGUAGGAGUCUAAGAAAUAAGAUAGAUGAGCUAAGAUUACUCGCAAGUGCAGGUAAUAUAGGUAUUAUUGCUAUAACUGAAACCUGGUUCAACUUGAAGGAUAGAGAAAUGCCUUCUGAAUGCAACAUAAAGGGCUAUGAACUAUUCCACACUGAUAGGGCCAAUAGGAAGGGUGUUGGAGUGGCAAUGUAUGUUAGAGAUAAUUUAAAUUGUUAUGAUAGACAUUAUAUAAGAUUAGAAACAUCGGACACAAAAUCUAUUUGGCUACAGUUUCUCGAGGGGUAUGAAAAAUUAAUUUUGGGUGUGAUAUAUAGGCCCCCAAACCUUGAUAGAGAGUGAAGUAAGUUGCUAUGGGACGAAAUUCAUAAGGCAUCUAGAUAUGAAAAUGUUGUGAUAUUGGGAGAUUUUAACGUUAGACAAAUUGAUUGAAACAAUUUGACAGGAAAUCUUCAGCCUAGUGAUAUUCUUGAUACAGUUCAGGGAUGCUUUUUAAAACAGUUUGUGACUGAACCAACUAGAGGAAACAAUUUGCUUGACGUGGUUCUUGCCAACAAAUAUUCAUUAAUUAAUAAUUAUGAAAUUACCCAGUAAACUGCAAUUAAGUCUCUGUCCCAGACUUCCGCUUGGCGUAUUUCAUGGGACUGAAAAAUUACCUGGGUGGGCUAAAUUGGGAUUUCCUGACUAUGGAUCAGGUAGCUGGUGUUGGGUGUCAAUAUGACGUUUUUCAGAGCAUGCUUCAAGCUGCUCAGUCAGCUUUUGUUCCGAGUAGGGAAAUUAGAUCCAACAAAAAUUAUCCCAAAUGGAUGAACAAUAGAUUAAAAUAUUUCAUUAGUCAAAAGAGAGGCAUUUUUAGAGAUAUCAAAAGAGGGGAUGGGCAGUUAAGAAAUCAAUAUAUUCAAUUAAAGAGAGUAAUAAAAAAAAGAAUAAGACAAGCAAAAAGGGAUGAUGAGGCUAAGGUCGCAAGGGAUUCGAAGACUAGCCCAAAGGGUUUUUUCAGGUAUACAGAAGUAAGAUUAGAGACAAGAUAGGCCCACUUAAGAGUAGCUCAGGUCAGAUCACUGACAAUGAUAGGGAUAUGUGUGAAAUUUUCAAUUCUUACUUCCUCUCAGUUUUUAUUAGGAAAAUACUAACGAAAUUCCAGAAAUAAUAAAUUACGUAGAACAGGACGAUAAUAAACUAUGCACGAUUGCAGUAACCUAACAAAUCCCCAGGCCAUGAUGCAUUGUUUGCAAGGGUUUUGAAGGAAUGUAAAGAGGGGCAUAACAAACCUUUGGCUAAUCUUUUCAACAUAUCACUGCAAACUGGCAUAGUGCCUGACAAGUGGAAAAUGGCAAAUGUAAUACCUAUUUACAAGGUAGGUGACAGCUCCUUAGCUUCGAACUAUAGACCAAUAAGCCUUACCUCCAUAGAGGUAAAAUUUAUGGAAUCAAUAAUUGCAGAGGCAAUUUGUAGCCAUCUUGAUAGGCAUAAAUUGAUAAAUGAAUUUCAACACGGUUUUACUAAGUGGUGUUCCUGUCUUACGAAUUGACUAACUUUUUUUGCUAAGGUGUUUGAGGAGGUAGAUCAUGGUAAUGAAUAUAAUAUUGUGUAUAUGGACUUCAGUAAGGCUUUCGAUAGACUUCCACAUCAGAGACUUUUGAGGAAACUUAAGGCACA